GCAAAACAGAAAUAAAAUCUAGGAUAAUCAAUAUCAAUAUUACAACUUUCCUAACGUGGAUCAUUAUCUUUCUCUAUCUAUCUAUCUCUAUCUCUAAUCUAAUCAAGCGGGAAGCCGCCCUUUUGUUAAUAUAUUUUCUGUGAUUCUCACAUCUCAAACAAACACACUAUAAAUAAACCAACUUUUCCUCCCAAUCACAUUCAUUACUACUUGGCCGAUUUAUUUGCCAUCCUGUCUUUCUCCACACUUUUUCUCCUUUCUUUCAAACUCUUUUUUCAUUCACCAUUAUCAAUCAAUAUCCAAAAAAUAAAACUUGGUUUAACCUCAUAAUUUUAAGCAACCAAACCAAAAUAAACAAUGGUUGAAUCCUCGGAUUCGACCCUCCCCUACUCCUAUGCACCUUUAGCCCCAAACCAUGAACAAGAACAAGAAAAUGGCAUAGAAAAACAACAAAGAAGAAAGUCCUUGAAGAUUGGGUUGCUCAUCUUUUCUGGGCUCAUGAUUUCUGCAUUGAUCAUGAGCCUUUUGGAUUACAACAAUGUCGCCAACAAUGUGCCUAUCAAGCUUGAUGAUCUAAGCUUGAGACCUCCACCUGAGAAUUUGGCUGGUGUAGAAACCAUACCAGGAUCAGAUGACUUGUUGUUUAAGGUUACACGUGGCAAGCCUCAUGGUGUUUCAGAGAAGGCUAAUGGGUUUCCAAUGCGUGGUCUUGGUGUGCCUUUCUUUGAUUGGAAUGAUCUCCAGUUAGCUUGGCAGAAAACUUCUUUUCACUUUCAACCGCAAAUGAAUUGGAUGAAUGAUCCAAACGGUCCAUUAUACUACAAUGGUUGGUACCACUUCUUCUACCAGUACAACCCUGCAGGUGCAGUCUGGGGCAACAUUGUAUGGGCACAUGCUGUUUCCAAGGACCUCAUAAAAUGGAUGGACCUUCCCAUAGCCAUGGUUGCAGAUCGAUGGUAUGACUUCAACGGCGUGUGGACUGGCUCAGCCACUAUCUUACCUGAUGGUCAAAUCGUAAUGCUCUACACUGGUUCAACCAACGAGUCAGUCCAAGUCCAAAAUCUAGCUUAUCCGGCUAACUUAUCUGACCCACUUCUCAGGGAAUGGGUCAAGUACCCCGAUAACCCAGUCCUCGUGCCACCUCCAGGAAUUCACAAAUUAGAUUUCCGUGACCCUACAACUGCGUGGUUGACCUCUGAAGGUAAAUGGAGGAUUACAAUUGGGUCUAAAAUCAACAAAACAGGGAUUUCUCUUGUGUAUGAAACCACUGAUUUCAAGAACUUUGAGCUUUUGGACAACAUCCUACAUGCUGUACCAACCACUGGUAUGUGGGAGUGUGUUGACUUUUUUCCAGUCUCGGUGUCUGAGUCAAACGGGCUUGAUACGUCCAUUAACGGUCCAUUAGUGAAGCAUGUACUCAAAGCAAGCAUGGAUGAUAAUAGGAAUGAUUACUACGCAAUUGGAACCUACAAUGAGGCUAAUGGUACAUGGAUCCCUGAUAAUGCUGCCAUUGAUGUUGGUAUUGGAUUAAGGUAUGAUUAUGGCAAGUUUUAUGCUUCCAAAACAUUUUAUGAUCAAGAAAAGAAGAGAAGGAUCUUGUGGGGUUGGGUCACUGAAGGUGACAGUGAAGCAGCUGAUGUUAGGAAAGGAUGGGCAUCUCUUCAGGGAGUUCCAAGAACCGUGUUGUAUGACCAAAAAACUAAAACCAACUUAGUUCAAUGGCCCGUGGAGGAAGUAGAAAACCUAAGACACAACAGCAAGGAGUUUGACAAGGUUGUAGUUCCUGCAGGAUCUGUUGUGCCAUUGGAUGUUCGCGCAGCCACAGAGAUAGAUAUAACAGCAGAAUUUGAGAUUGAAAAAGAGGCAUUGGAAAGUUUACCCUUUUCGGGAGAAGAGUAUAGCUGCCCAGACAGCAAGGGAGCUACUCAAAGGGGUGCUCUUGGACCUUUCGGGAUUUUGAUUCUUGCUGAUAAGAAUCUUUCUGAGCAAACUCCUGUCUAUUUUUAUAUCAUCAAAACCUUCAAUGGCAGGUUCAAAACCUUCUUCUGCACAGAUUUAACAAGGUCAUCUGUAGCACCUGAUGUUGUCAAAGACAUAUAUGGUGAAACAGUUCCAGUUCUCAAAGGUGAAAGAUUAUCCAUGAGAAUUCUGGUGGAUCACUCAAUAGUAGAAGCCUAUGCACAAAACGGUAGAACCUGUAUUACAUCCCGGGUUUACCCAACAAAGGCGAUAUACAAAGACGCAAAGCUAUAUGUGUUCAACAAUGCAACUGAGGCCAGUGUCACAGCUUCCAUCAAGACCUGGCAAAUGAGUUCUGCACGAAACCAGGUGAUGUAGAAGAAGUUAAAAAAGAGAGUCUGCAAUUCAUUUGAUGGAAGAGGAUGAGCAACGGGAAUACAGUGGAGUUUAUCCCAACUCAAUUACAAGCUAGCCAUGCCAAUAUGCUAUGCAAUGCCAUUCAUUUAUUCAUUCAUUUAUUUAUUAUACAGCAUUCAUCAUAUAUACAGUGUCAAGAAAAACUCACAUUUUGAGGGAAGAAGAAGAAGAAGAAAAACGAAAUAUAUUCUACAUAGUCGUUGAGUUUCGAUUGCUCCCCGUGUUGCUCGAUUCCUUCGUCAGUUCGUUUCAUUGAAGUUCAUUCAUCCAUUAUGUAGUCAUUGGUAUAGAAAUGAACUUGUGAAUUUUGAUGUUCAUAUCCUGAUUAUUGGUAUUAAUGAAAUUUUAUUGUUGUUUUUA